CACGAGCACAACGUCUAGUUCACUCUUGUGCUGGGUUGCUCUCGUGAUGUCUCGGCGAAUGUUUCUAUUAUGAACAAACCCCACCGGAAAAAAAAUAUUUACUGCGUUAUCUAGCGGUUUCCAACAAUACACUUCUCUUAUCAUAAUCAAAAUAAUUUGUAGGUUGGGUUUUGUUGUUAGUUACUGAUCCUGUAAAGUACCAGAUAAAGUAUAGACAAUUUUUCUUGAUCCAUGAUUUAAUUAAUUAAUUAAGUUCUUAGAUAUACAUACAAGAUUCAUAAACUUUUAAUAACGAAAAAAUCUCCAUUUUAGCUUUUAAAUAGCGCAAGUUUUCCAUGUUCAUGUACCGAUGAUAAUUUAGUAAUUAUUUUCAAUUGUUUUCCAAUGAUUACCAGAGAAAUAUUGACUAGGUUUAACAAUCUUAGAUUUUUCAGAAAAUAUUCUGCGAACUGUAGGUAUCUUAGUAAUGAUAUCUGGAAUGAAGAGUUGUCCAUAGAUCUGAAACGUAAAAUUGAGAAACACUGGAAAGAUAAGCUAUGUUUAGGUACAUUUGAUAGAAAUAAUGCUGGAAAAAAAUUUUAUGUUUUGUCAAUGUUUCCUUAUCCAUCUGGUAAUUUACACAUGGGCCAUGUUCGGGUGUAUGUUAUAGCAGAUUCAAUUGCCAGAUUUCAUCGUAUGAAUGGACAGAAUGUAAGUUAUUAUUGUAUGAUAAAAGGUUUUUUUUUUUUAUUUGAAAUAAACAAUCUAUAUCUUAGGGGAACAUUAAGUUUAUGUGGUUAGUGUAGAGUACAUACG